CAGAGCCAGGGGAACGCCAAGGGGAAGGGGAGAAAGGGAAGCAGCGCCGAGCCCUUGCGGGAAAGUUGGGGUUGCUGGCACACAGAAAUUAAACAGGGGAGAGAAUCCAAGCGGAGAACAUAUAAAGGUGUAAUGCCUCCAAAAAAGCAUAAUAAAAACAACCUCCCAGAUCCUCUUCAAGAAGGAAUAAUAUUGAAGGAUACCCAAAAACGGGAAUGGAGAUUGGGUCCUAUGAUUGCUCAUGGAGGAUUUGGCUUGGUCUACUUAGCUUCCCCUUGUCUUGAUGUACCAGUAGAAGACAAUGCUGCGCAUGUCAUUAAAGUGGAAUAUCUUGAAAACGGGCCCUUAUUUUCUGAACUGAAAUUCUACCAACGAGCUGCAAAACAACAGCACAUCAAGAAAUGGAUGAAGCUGAAACAACUAACUUUUUUAGGCAUUCCUGUUUUCUUGGGAUCAGGCCAGGUCAAACAUAUUGGUAAAAGUUACAGAUUUAUGGUGAUGGAAAGAUUAGGAGAAGAUCUCCAAACCACCUUUGAAAGAGAAGGGAGAAAGUUUAACAAGGAAACUGUUCUGCAGAUUGGGAUGCACCUGCUGGAUGUCUUGGAAUAUAUUCAUGAAAAUGAAUAUGUGCACGGGGAUAUUAAAGCAGCAAAUUUACUUUUGGGCUACAAAAAUCCACAUAAGGUUUAUCUUGCUGAUUAUGGACUCGCCUACAGAUAUUGUCCCGGUGGGAACCACAAAGAAUAUCAGGAAAAUCCUAAAAAGGGCCAUAAUGGGACAAUGGAGUUUACCAGCGUAGAUGCACACAAGGGAGUAGCACCUUCCAGAAGAGGGGACCUUGAAAUCCUGGGCUACUGUAUGUUGCAGUGGAUGUGUGGAAGUCUACCCUGGGAGCAGAGUUUGAAGUAUCCCAGUGCUGUGCAGGCUGCAAAAACAAAGCUCCUUGAUGAACUGCCAGAUUCAGUAACAAGGUGGGCUCCUGCAGGAGCAUAUUGUGGUGAAAUAGCCAUAUUCUUAAAAAACGUGUUUAAUUUAGCAUACGAUGAAAAACCGCAGUAUGAAACACUGAGGAAAAUUCUUUUGAGUGGCCUGGAACAUAAAGGAAUCUGUUACAAUGAGACACCGAAUUUAACCACUGUUCAAACCUCUCUAAAUGAAUGCACUACUUACCACAGGAAAGCUCAUUUGCUGAUGCCAACACAGAAGCAAGUUAAAGGAAAGGAAGGCAAAUCAGAGAACAAGGAGUUUUUUUAUUGUAGAAAAGCCACUGCGCAAAUGAAAGGUAGCCAAGUACAAGAUAAUCCAAUGCUGGUUAGAUUGAAUAAACUUCCUCAAGCUUCAAUGGACAAUAUAAAACCAUUGCCCUGGACAGAUUCCUGCAGUUAUUUCCAGAAUGCUGAAGAAAAUUGUAGAGAAACCGGAGUUACAUAUUCAGCAGUCUAUCAACCAGAAUGUAUUCAUACUCUGACCAGCUCUUCCAUAUGCAGCACUUCUCAGAUAGGACUGCAUGAAGAACUGUUUCAGUAUAUUGUGGCCAUUGUUGUCCUCCUCCUCUUAGUAUUGCUUUCUCUCUAUUUCCUUUGA